UUCAUUGGAUGUUACGAGCAAUAAAAACGCCACGUGUCGGCAUUACGAUAUUGAACAUUCAUUUAUUAUUCAAAGAGUUACGUUUCUAAAGAGUAUUAUUUAGUAAUGGACGUUUGUUAAGAAAUUUGAUGUAACAGUUAACGUUUCGAUAAUUUUUUUUUUUAAAAUGAAUAGACAUGUGGAAUUUUAGUGAAUACGAAAAAGAAAUAGAAAAAUUUAUUAAACGCGAUUUUUCGGUGAGAACUGCUGCUCAGAAAUCAAGCUGUUAGUUACGACUGUUAUUUGAAUUUAUAAGAAAUAAUUGUUAUUAUCUUAAGUAGAAUUCUCUUUUGAGCAGCAAAUAACAAAUUAAUUCCUGUAUAUGCUGUAUUCGUGUCCAAAUAAUGAGUGUAGACAGCGAAAACAAGUCUAAUGAAGCGAUCGCACCGUUCACUCCGUCCGCCGAUCAAGAGAACAGUGGCAAUGGGAAUAUCGGUGAUAUUCCAAUAACACCAGAUAUGGUGCUGCGACUGCCUACCAUCACAGAUAAGUAUUUAUGCUCUCCGGAAGCUAAUAUUUAUGACAUAGACUUUACCAGAUUCCAAAUCAGAGAUCUGGAAACAGGAGCAGUUUUGUUUGAGAUAACAAAACCACCAGCUGCUGAAUGUGAUUCUCAUCAAGAUGCGGAGGCAGAUUCCGAAGAAUCUACUUGUGAGGAUGCGAAUACCGGAAGAUUUGUGCGUUAUCAAUUUACGCCGCAGUUUCUUAAAUUAAAGACAGUUGGUGCCACGGUCGAAUUUCUGGUAGGCCCAAAACCAGUAAACAACUUCAGGAUGAUAGAACGUCAUUUUUUUCGAGAUAGAUUGUUAAAGACAUUUGAUUUCCAAUUUGGAUUUUGUAUUCCAAAUAGCAAGAAUACAUGCGAACAUAUUUAUGAAUUCCCUACUCUACCAGCUGAUCUGGUUUCUGAAAUGAUUGCAAAUCCAUUUGAAACACGUUCAGAUUCGUUUUAUUUCGUGGACAAUCAACUGGUAAUGCAUAAUAAAGCAGAUUAUGCAUAUAAUGGAGGACACCAAAAUGAUGUCAUUUAAUAUGUUAUUUGUUGGAUAGUAUUACUUGAAAGUUAUAGAUUAAUAAUAUCAUAAUAUUUGCACAUUAUGGAAAGCAAUUGUGUUAAUAGUUCAAUUAUUCACCAGUCUGACUUAAAGGUAGAGUUAUAUGGCACAUAAUUUUAUUUAGUCUUCAUAUUAUUGCUGUCAAUCAUACACAAAAAUAACAAGUAAUUUUGGAGUAUACUUUUAUUAAUAAUAUUUAUCUCAUUGAUCAUAAAAGUUGAAACUAGUUGCACAUAAUAUUUUAACGAUUUUAUGUGACUCUUUUCGAGUUUCUAUUUCUCAUAUAAUUGCUUGAAACGAAUAAACGGCCUCAAACCACUUUGUGCAUCUUACAAUAUUUUUUUCUCUAAAUAAGAGAAAAUAUUGCCUACAUUAAUAUCUAUAAUUAAAAAUAUAUAAAAAUACGACAUCAUGUUAACAAAUUCUUACCUGACAUAAGAUUCACACUUUGUUUAUACUGUGUUAUAUUUUUACUAUUUUUCACCCAUUAUCUCUGUAAAAAUUUUCACAUAAAUAUAUGUACAUAUUUACAAACAAUAA